UUCUUCACACCAAUGAGAUUAUGUCCUUUUUCACCAAUCACCAGCGGUUCUCUGGAUUCCUCAAACAGGUAUAAGAAAGGCGAGUCUGUGAUAAUUUUCUCAUUCUGCGUGUACAAAACAUCAGGAGAUGUCUGGACGAGGAAAAACCAGCGGCAAAGCUCGGGCCAAGGCCAAGUCUCGCUCGUCCCGGGCUGGACUGCAGUUCCCGGUCGGUCGUGUUCAUAGGCACUUGAGGAAAGGCAACUAUGCUCAUCGGGUGGGUGCAGGAGCCCCUGUCUAUCUGGCUGCUGUGCUCGAGUAUCUGACGGCUGAAAUCCUCGAGCUGGCCGGCAACGCGGCCCGGGACAACAAGAAGAGCCGCAUCAUCCCCAGACAUCUGCAGCUGGCCGUCCGCAACGACGAGGAGCUCAACAAGCUGCUGGGAGGGGUGACCAUCGCUCAGGGCGGUGUGUUGCCCAAUAUCCAGGCCGUGCUGUUGCCCAAGAAAACCGGCGCAGCGGGCAAGUAAGCGAGAAAAACUCAACAUAGUGACCCAAAGGCUCUUUUCAGAGCCACUCACCAUGUCUGUGGAAGGGCUGAACAUCGAUUAUGCUUAGUGCGGGACAAGUGUGCCUUGUCGUUGUCGAAAACCGACUGCACAUUGAGUUGUCUACACGGUGGCGGAGCGGUAGACCAACUGCCUUACAGCGCCAGAGACCCUGGUUCGAUCCCGACUACGGGCGCUUCCCUGUACACAAUUUGUACGUUCUCCCCGUUUCCUCCCACACUCAAAAGACGUCCAGGGUUGUAGGUUAAUGGUUUGAUAUAAAUGUUUAAAAACAUAUGUUUUUCAAACACUUAUCAUUUGUAGGAUAGUAUUCUUGUGUGAGGAUCGCUAGUCGGUGCGGACUCGCUGGUCCGAAGGGUCAGUUUCCGCGUUGUACCUCAAAACUAAACAUGAAACAGCGGUUGGCUGAUGCGGGAAGAUACAUUUACGCAGAUAUUCCUCAGAACAUUGGCAGCGACCUACAGUAAGAGAUCCUCCUCGAAACCAAUUCCGUUUCCCUCUCACCUACAGAACAAUUAAUGCAGCAACACUAACAUCGACUCAAGGUUUCUCUUCGAAAACAGCGACUAAUAUCCAGCCUCGGGCAGAGCUGAAUUCCGUCAGUUUCGCUAGUGGAUCAGUAAAUCCGCACCGCAUACGAUUUAUGGGGACAUUAAAAUCGAUAUAAAUUGAUGGAAACGAUAUUAUGAUAACAUUUGCCUCUGUUCUUGUUUGCACUGAAAUUGGCCGGCAAUCACACUGCAGUCUUUUCUCCGAUUGACUGAGCUCCGACCGCCGGAGAGAGGAGAGAAGCAG